AUGGAAAACGGGGCAGAAAGAUGGAAUUUUUUGGGGGACGGAAAGCUCAAAGCAACGUCGGGAACCACCACCGUUCAUGGUGUUCUCUUGAAUAUAAGAAGAAAUGUUGACAAAGAUGAUCCCAGGCCAACUGUGCCUCUUGGCCAUGGCGACCCCUCGCUUUUCCCAUGCUUUCGGACCACCACAAUUGCCGAAGAUGCCAUUGUUGACGCUGUCCGCUCCGCUGAAUUUAAUUAUUAUUCACCAAAGCCUGGACUCCUUCCCACAAGGAGAGCUAUCGCAGAUUAUCUGUCUCGUGAUCUUCCAUACACGUUAUCACCAGAUGACGUUUUUCUCACAGUUGGUUGCAUCCAAGCAAUUGAAGUAACACUGAUGGUCCUUGCUUGCCCAGGUGCCAACAUUCUGCUUCCAAGACCAUGCUUCCCAUCCUAUGAUGCUCAUGCCUCAUCUAACAAUCUUGAAGUCCGUUAUUUUGAUCUCAUUCCUGAAAAGGGUUGGGAGGUUGACAUUGAAGGUGUUGAAGCUCUUGCUGAUGAGAAUACUGUUGCCAUGGUUGUCAUAAACCCUGGCAAUCCUUGUGGAAGUGUCUAUACACACCAACAUUUGAAGAAGAUUGCAGAGACAGCAAGAAAGCUAGGCAUUCUGGUGGUUGCGGAUGAAGUUUAUCACCAUCUCUCUUUCGGAACUAAUCCAUUUGUGCCGAUGGGAGUAUUUGGAUCAAUCGUGCCUGUUAUCACACUAGGGUCUAUAUCAAAGAGAUGGCUUGUACCAGGUUGGCGACUAGGAUGGCUUGUGACAAGUGAUCCUAAUGGCAUCCUUCAAAAAUCUAAGAUUGUAGAAUGCAUUAUGGGCCGUCUGAAUUUGACAUCUGGUCCACCAACAUUCAUUCAGGGUGCGGUUCCUCAGAUCCUUGAAAAGACAGGUGAGGAUUUCUUUUCAAAAGUUAUUGUCAUCCUAAGGGAGGCUGCACAUAUAUGUUAUGAUAGAAUUAUGGAGAUCCCUUGCAUUACUUGCCCAAACAAACCUGAAGGAUCCAUGUUUGUGAUGGUUAAGCUAAAUCCAUCAUUAUUGGAAGACAUAAUUGAUGAUAUGGACUUCUGUCUCAAGCUGGCUAAAGAGGAUUCGGUUAUUGUUUUACCAGGGGUGGCCCUGGGAAUGAAGAAUUGGUUGCGCAUAACUUUUGCAGUUGAGCCUUCAACUCUUGAAGAUGGAUUAAGGAGAAUUAAAGCCUUCUGUCAAAGGCAUGCCAAGAAACAAUAAAACUGAGCCUAAAUUACAAGAUCGAGCAGUAGUAAACUAGUGAUCAACAACUACGCGUUGGAUCUCAAGCUCAAGCUGGUUGCUCAUUGUGGUUUCCAUGAAUGAUAAGAAUAAUAAUUGUUGCAGGAUUCGUUAAUAAAAUCCUCUGUUUGAUGUUUUACUACUCAAGCAAGACACCACGAGGAAGGGAUUGUGAUGCCUUUGUAAUCAGCAACUUCUUGUUGCACAUUCACAUGCCGUUGGUAUUGGUGACAGUUGAUCAGCAACACUGCGUUGCAUGAUUUCAUGCUGUUAGUGCCUUAAAAGGAGUUAUCAGAUGUUUGAACUCCAUGUGUCCUGUGAUUUUUUAUUAUUGAACCAGAAAAUAUUGUUCAAUUGGAGAACUUCUAAAACAAGAAUUUAUUACGGAUCAU